AUGGAACCUAUGAAGAGCUAGAGCUCUUUACUCAAGCUGUUCAAAGGUGGGACAUUGAUUGCAUAAAUGAUCUUCCAGAGUACAUGCAAGUGUUCUACAAAGCACUUAUCGAUGUCUACGUUGAAAUUGGAGAAAUACUGGCUUGCAAAGGAAGAUCGUAUGGCCUCCACUAUGCGAAAGAAGCAAUGAAAAGGCAAGCAAGAUACUACUUUGCUGAAGCAAAUUGGCUGCACCAACAACACAAGCCCACGAUGGAUGAGUACAUGUCCAUUGCAGUAGUAUCGAGGGGUUACCCCUUGUUAGCGAUUACGACCUUUGUUGGAAUGCAAGAUAUGGUAACAAAAGACGAUUUAGAUUGGUUGUUCAACAACCCAAAGAUAGUGAAGGCUUCAACAGUUAUUUGCAGGCUCAUGGAUGAUUUGGCCACUCAUAAGUUUGAGCAAGGAAGAGAACACGCGGACUCGGCCGUGCAAUGUUACAUGAAGCAAUUCGGUGUCACGGAACGAGAAGCGGAAAAUGACCUUCGCAAGAAAGUCGAUGACGCGUGGAAGGACAUGAAUGAGGAGUGUCUUCGCCCCGCUGCCAUCCCGAUGCCGCUUCUCAUGGGAAUUCUCAACCUCACACGAGUGAUGGACGUGCUGUACAAGGACGGAGGAGAUCAUUACACCAAUCCUCAUAUUACGCUGAAAGAAUACAUACGUUCGGUGCUCAUGGACCCAGUGCAAUAGUUUUGAUAUACAACAAUGAACUAGACGUUCAUCAGCUGGACAUUGGAAACUAGACCGAUUAUUCUAUCGAUGAUGCAUAUAUGUGUGUGUGUGUAAAGUGUUAAUGAGAUAGGCUUGCGAAUAAGACGUGGGAUACAUAUGUUAGUUGGGGUACUAA